GUGCAAUGAAGCCGUCAUGUAUGGUGGUAUAAAAUUUAAUGAGUAAUUUAGUAUUUCUGUCAAAUUGGAUCGUAACUCAUGAAGAUGUGGUCGUGAUAAUUUUUUUUUUAAUUUCAACAUAUCAAAAUGGAUAUUAUUAUGCAGAUCACACAAAUAACUAAUUGGUGUUGAAAUGAAACUCAUACAUAUCAAUUAAGAAUAGUGGAGAAUUGAAGGAAAAAAAGAGAUAAUACAUUUUGAUUGCAUAACUGAAAAAAUAAAAAUUAAGCUACCUUUUAAAUUUAGACUUUAGAUCUAAGGUAAACAAUAAUGAAAGAACAUAAUAAGAAAAAGAAGUCAAGCAAAUAAUUUGACUACGUGCAAGAGAUACUCACGUGGAUGCGUAAAAAUUCUAGAAAUUAAAAUCUUGAAGUGUAAAUAGAAAAACUCAUUAUUAUAGAUACAUAUUCGAGCUCCCAUCCCUUCCUUCCUUCCUAAUGGGAGCAGAUCCGGUGAGUAAUUUUGUGGUGAGUAACCAUGAGUAACCCGUCCACAUCAGCAUGAUAUCAGCAUCCUCUCUCUCCUGUAAAGACUUUAAUUUUCCCCUCUUUAAUCUUUGACUAACGAUUUCUCACUCAUUUUAAGUAGAAAUUUAAUUUUUUUUUUUGCACAAUUAGAUCAGAUUAAUUAUGCUCUUCAAAAUGAUAUCCACUUUAAUAUAUUUUUCGAACAAAAAAAAUUGAGCCAUUUUUUACCAGUCUAUACCAUAUGGUAUUGACUGGUAUUGAAAUAAAAGCAUACCUAUGAUUUGAAAAAAGUACCAUGGUGGUAUGAACAAACCAAGACUGUAGGAUGAUUGAAUACAUGAUAGUUGAAAUAUAUUAAUUGUCAUUUACGACUUUUAACAUUGUAUACCACAAGAUACCACCCCGUACCAGGGUGGUAUUGUAUGGUAUUGUGUGGUAUUUUUUGGUCCUGUAAUUUGUUCACCCAUAAAUUUGUAGAUCCAAUAGAUCAUGAUGAACUCGUCCCUUCUGUGCAAACGUUUUCAAAAACGAAUUAAAAACGAAGAAGAUACCAUACAAUACCACCCCGUACUAGGGUGGUAUUGUAUGGUAUUGUGUGGUAUUUUUUGGUCCUGUAAUUUGUUUACCCAGAAAUUUGUAGAUCCAAUAGAUCAUGAUGAACUCAUCCCUUCUGUGCAAACGUUUUCAAAAACGAAUUAAAAAUGAAGAAAAUACCAUAUGGUAUGCAGUUGGUACCGAGAGGCCAGAAUUUUUUGUUCGAAAAAAAUAUUGAAAAUUGAUCUCAUUUUGUAGAGCACGAUGAACUCGUUCCACCUGUGCAAAAAAAUUAAAAUCCGAGUUAAAACGAAAAAGAUAUGAGCCGAUUAAGAAAAUAAAAAAUGAUCUUUAAUUCUCCAUCCUUAGAUCUGGAUUUUCUAAAUGAAGGGUUCAGAUUUGGUUAUUGAUGGAUGCAUAACCAUAACCACCCUAUCUUGAGCCCUUCCUCACUCACUCUUAUCUUUAUCCAAAAAAAGCACAUUUUUUUACUGUAUUUUCUUGAGAAUUAAUUCUAGACAGAGUCUGAGGUAAUGGCACCUCAACCACCAACAUAUGUUGUAGAUGAUAAAAAGUGAAGAAAGGAAAUCUACUCAAAUAACUAUCCCUAUGUUUGGCCCGACUUUUAGCAGUGUUUUUCGGGUUCAAAAGCUGAAGCAGGGCCAAACACAUGUAAAAGCUCAGCUUUUGAAAAGUCAAAAAGCGCUUUUGUAUAAUAUAAAAGUAGAAGCUCCGAUUUGGAGGUUCUGCGAAAAGCUGUUUUGAAAAUACAAAAUUAUCCUUACCAUAUUUUAACUUUAUUUCAGAAAAUAUAAUUUUCCUUCAUUUAUAUCAUUUUAAAAAUAAAAUAAAUUAUAAAAUCAUAUUAUUUAAUAUAAAAGAAAUCUAACAUGAUCCAUUUUGACUACUUUUUAUUGUUUUGAAUUUUUUUCAUAUUUUUAUAUUAUAAGUCCUUUAUAGUCAUUUUACACAACCUUUUAUUUAAAAAACACUUCUAAUAGUUUUACAGCCAAACACUCAACUGUUUUUCUUUUAAAAGUACUUAUCUUAAAGCUCCGGCCAGAAGCUGUUUUUGCAAAAACUACAGUAGGGCCAAACUAAACUUACAUGUGUCCAUAGACUUUUUGUAAUCUUAUCGUAGUGGGUUGGAUCCAUGCUCGUGGGCUGGAUUUGUAUUUGGAGGCUCCGUUCUGUUGUGGUUCUGGUUUGUUGUUCUAGUUUAGGUGUAUUGUUAUUGUUAAUUAAUGUUUAUGUUUGUCUUCAAUGAAAUCAAUAUGUAUUGUGGUUUAGUUAGCCACCAAUACUUGUUUCGGAUUCACUAAUCCUUUUUCUUCUCCGAAACCAACUCUGAAACCAACUCUGAAACCAACUCUCCUCCUAUUCAUAUAUACACACAAACACGCGUUGGUAUGAUGUGAUGAGAACUACUUCUCCUUGCUCUUCCUCUAAGUUCUGAUCGACAUGGCUUCUUCUUCCUCCAUUCGACAAACCGAUAACACGGUUCCGCUUUCCCCUGCAAACAAUAAACAUGGUAAGUUUGAGUUUCAUGUUUGCAUUCCUCGCGUACCCAGCAGAGUUAGUUCUCUUUGUCUGUUGAAUCGAACUUAGUUUUUAUUUUCUUUUUCUUUUUGAAAUAUCUUGGUAAUGUGGUUGAGCUAGCAACUCUUCGUUAUAUCAGCAAUUACCAUAAGAAACGAAGCUAGCGAUCAUAAAGUAUUUUCUUGUUAACUUGAGUUCUCGUUGUGUGUUUCAUCGAGGGCAGGCUAGGUUUUCAUUAUACCAGCAAUUACUAUCCUAUUUAUUGACCUAUUGUUAUACCACUAUAUAUCAUUUGUUCUACGAACCAUGCACCAUUCUUCAAUUCUUAUGGAAUUUCGUCCUCCUUAAUGAGCCAAUUUUUUUUUUUUAUACCAGGAAACUCACGAUUUGCAUAUACGUUUGCGGGUAAGUACUGCAAUCCAAUGAUCUCCCUAUAUUUUCCUCCACUUUAUUUGCUUUCUACAUGCCUCUACUUAAUCCCUGUUCACUAAUACAUGACAAGUGUGUUCAGUGUUUGGUGGAGAUGAAGAUAUACACCCAGAAAUUGUUUCAGCUCUGUUUUUGGCACCUUGGCUGAUUUUGGGGGUGAUUGGGGAUACUUGGUCUGUUAUUGCAUUCAUGAGAACGAUCAACCUUGAGUCGAAGCUGGGAACUGGUGCUUGUUAUGCGAUUGCUCUUGCAGUUGAACUCGUCAGUCUUUUUUCAUUCAUACCUUGGUGUUUCCCACAUGAGCUGCCUCGCCUGGGAUCUGCUCGGAAAAUCAUCCUGGAGAUGGUUGUUCUACAAGCUGCAAUGCUUGCUAAGCAUUUCCCUCAGCCUCAUCAAGACCAUUCUUUGGUGUAUCAGUUAUUGGUAGCACUGACGAUAUUGGUCUGCGUUCGAACAAAACACGGAUUCGUUUUCAUGGAUGUCUAUUUCGGAGAUGUCUUCUGGGCGAUCGUGGCGGAGAGUUUGAUUUAUUGGACACCACUUUGGGGCUCGGUUCUCUUCUAUCUAUGUUUUGUCGGCUACAUAUUCUGGACUUCCGGCGAGAAUAAUACAACCGGCGGUGACGGUCAAUCGUCUGCUGAUCAAGUACCUAUUCCUAAAGCAAUUGAAGAAAAUCUGGCAACACAAGAAGUCUCUUCAAAACAGAAGGAGGAGGAUGUUCAACUAAUGCAACAAAAGGAAUCCGAACAAAUUAUCGUAGCGAUAGUGACACCAAAUAGUUAGGCUAGCGACAAUUAGAUUAUAUAGAAAGAUGGUUGACAUUAUAUUUAUUUUUCAUAAAAUAAUCUACUCUUUAGAUAUAUAUUGAUUUUAUUUAUACUUAUUACUUAUAUAUGCAGUGGCGGAGCCACUUGGCGAGCCAAGGGAGGUCCUCUGCAACACUUUGGCUCCAAAAUGUAGUAGUAACCCAUAAAUAUAGUAAUAAAUUUUUUUACGUAAUUGUGGAUUGAACAAAAGUUCUUCCUAUUAUUGUAAAUAAUUUUACAAAAAAUAAUAUUUUGUGAUCUCUACUUAAGACUCAAAACUUAGUGGUGUCUAUUGCUACGAGCUAUUGUCAUAUCAAGUGUUGAAAAAGCCCUUAAUGUAGUGAACAACAUGACACUUCAGAAUCAUAUGAGUGAUGAAAUUAUUAAUCAUUUAUCGGUGUACUUUGAAAAUGACAUUCCCUCAUAAUUUGUAAGAUGAGCGUACUUUAGAAUGUUUUUAGAAUAUGAAACCACCUCCUAAAACUUCAUGUAGGACCUACCUUAAAUGAACUUCUGGCUACGCCACUGUAUACAUGAAUGAGCAAGAAAGAUUAUUAUGAUUCUUGCAUGCACAUUUUCUAUUAAUAAUACAUACAUUUAUUAUUUAUCUUUAUGCGCGUAGUCAAUUGAUUACAGAGUUUUACAGCUUUUUUAUCAUUCAAAAAAUGGAGCUCUCCACUUAAUUUCCGUCAGGGGUAAUUUGAUCCAUUAAGUCCCUCAUUUUUUUUCACUUCCCACGUACAACUUCAUCUCCAAAACUUGGCGGUUCCAGCCCUCAACAUUAGGUUUUUUACUAGGCCCACAGAUAAAGCCCUUUUGACUUUCAUGGGAAAGGGGAUUAGGCCCGAUAUUCUAAUUUUAAGCGUGGAAAGCCCUUACAAUAACAAUGUAGCAAUCGAUUAGGGUGUCAUUUUAAUAGUGUCACUCAAUAACAAUACACCUACGGUAAGUAUUAUGACGAAUUGUCUGAUCCAUUUUUAAUAGAGUUGUUAGCGUUACGAGAUGAAAUGGAUUGGUGCUUAACUCGGGGUGUCUCUUCUGUUUGUUUUUGUGGUGAUUCUCAACUGAUGAUCCGCCGAGCUUUGGAUAAUGAUGUUCAACAUGAUCGUGGUGGCGCGAUUCAUGAGGAAAUUCGAUUGAUGAAGACCUUCUUUUCGUUUAGUCAUUUUGUUUUCUCUCCUCGUAGAACUAACAAGGCUGCCCAUUGAGUGGCGAAAAUAACUCUUGCAUCGGUAAAUCAGCACUUGGCUGAUUAACGCUUUUUAUUUUUCAAUAUGUAAUUCCCUAUCCAUUACGGAAAAUUCUUAACUCCAACCUUGGUUGGACGCAGAAGCUCCAACCAGCCACGUGUCAGUUUUAUAUUGGUGAUUUCAUCAUUUUUUAAUAUUUUAAUUCUUGAUUUAUUGGUGGAAGGUGAAUCCACCAAUAACAAACUGACACCUUGGAUGGUUGGAGCUUCUGCGUCCAACCAAGGUUGGAGCUAAGAAUUUUCCAUCUAUAACUAUCUACCUAAGCAAAAAAAAAAAAAAAAAAAAAAAAACAAUGCAGCAAUCGAUUACGGUGUCAUUUAAAACUUAAUAGUGUCACUCUGUAUAUUUUGCAAUUGUCCAAUAUACUCUACUUUUUUGGAUACGUAAAUAACGGUAACAAUUAAGUUAAGAUAAUUAAUUUGAAUCACAGUUCCAAAGGUCGAACCCAUUAGCGAAUGCCGAAUAGUGAUCAAUUGCUUUUCGGUACAAAUUUGGAACCUGAUAUUUAUUAUAAUUAUUCGGGCCAUUAAUUAAAUAAACAGAAUCAACAUUGGUUAAAGCA